GAAAUGUUGCAAAAUGUUGCAGUGAAUGAAUGAGACCGUCGUCAUAAAACCGUUCGGUGCUUCAUUUUAUUCAUUUUUAGUCCUGAGAUAAUGAAUACAUGGGUUUAAACCUUUUUAUUAAUCUGGCAAUUUAAGUAACGUUAAUGCUCACUAACAACUGAGCUGAAGAACUUGAACGCUUCUCGAUAGUUACUGUUUACAUUACGAUGGUGACUGUAGUGGAGCUGCUGAGUCUCCUGCUGGUGUCUGUGCUCUGGGGCUGCACCAACCCUUUCCUAAAGAAGGGCACAGAGGGGAUAGAAAAUGUCCAACACAACAACAACAACAACAACAACAGAGUAUCACAGCUACUGGCUGAGGUCAAGUUUCUUUUCCUAAACAUCAAGUAUCUGGUCCCAUUUCUCCUGAACCAGAGUGGCUCUUUGGUCUACUAUUAUACCCUUUCCACCACAGACUUAUCGCUUGCUGUGCCUGUGGCCAACUCUCUCACCUUCCUUUGCACUCUACUCACUGGCAAGUUACUGGGUGAAGAGUUUGGAGGCAAACAGGCUGUCGCAGGGAUGCUCCUCACCAUGGCUGGCAUCACUCUUUGUGUUAUAAGCUCCAUGGAUGGUGAAGACACUGGGAAGCAGAAUAUGACCCAGGCAGCACACUAAAGGAGAUGACGAUUAAAACAAAUUCUCCUAUACCUUUUGAGUCAUUCCUUAGUAGUCGAUGAAAAACCGGCCAAAGCAAAGUUGGAGCAGGACUAGAGGGGGCAAUUUAGAUUCAUACAGCGACUCCUUAGAGCUACGGUUCUGGUGGGAGAUUUGUGCCUAAAUGAAGUCAGCAAGCGCUUCAAAAGACCUGUCCAGAAACUCUUACACCAUGUUGAAAGGGAAGUGGGUUCAUGUAGGGUUCACCUCAAGGCUAGACUAGAUUUAUGGUUCUUGCAUAGAAGUUGGUGCUUGUUAACUUUUAAUUUCAAGCACUCUGCUGCCCUACCACGUGACUUGCAUCUGCAUAAAUGCUAUAGAGACCGCAUACGAAUAAGGCUGUUGUUUGAAAUGGACCAAUUAGAUCUAACCUCCUUGUUUAACGGGGACAUUUUACUGCGGGUGCCUUCUGUCUGCUGUGGUGUGGGUUUGGGGAAGAGCAGGACACAGGAGUGGACAAAUUGCUGUUUAGCUCAAAGCUGUUUUUCAAUGACUUAUUUCCCUUGCUGCCUUGUUUACAUGAUGUAUUACUGAGUUAAAUAUAGCACUGUUUAGUUUUGUGAAAGAAGAUGAACAAGGACUUAGUUGUUUUUAAUAGUUACAUUGUUGUAUGCUCUGUAAACGUACAAAUUUAAGAAAUAACAGUAACGUACAUAGUGAUGUAUAUUUUUAUUGCCACAGUAUUUAAUUGACACAAAACACUGUGCAAAUGACUUUGUUUGGCUGAUAUUUUAUUAAUAAAUUGUUGACAAAACACGA